AUGGUUUGCCAAGCCUCAGGCGAAAGCUACCCGGAAAAGAUUUAUCUAGGGGUAAGCGCUUCGCCGGCCGAACUGCUCCGCUGCCGAUCCGGCUCGGGGCGUUGUGAGGAUCUGGAUGAGGAGAUCGAGGAGGAAGCGAGAGGAGCGCCGCCCAUCGCCGUGAACUGGACCUUCGGAGAGGCCGUCGCGCUCGGCGACGAUGUGACGCCCGGGCAGCACGCGCGCUUCCUGCGCAGCACGAACCGGCUCGUUCUCGAGGACGCCGAGGCUGCGUACCACGCGUGCGGGCGGCGCGUCGAGAGGGAAGGGGGCGUCGUGCUGUCCUCCAUUAGCUUCACGUGCUGCGUUCGGCCCGACCACGUGGAGGUACAUAGUGUACCGUGCAAUCGUGGCGGGUUGGACCCUCUGCACUCCCAUGUGUAG